UCCCCUUUUUAUUUUCUUUGAUCAUCGGAAAAGAUUGGCGCCAUUUUAACGAAUUUCUCAUAAGAUUGAAAUGAAUUGAUUAUUGAUAAAUUUUGCAAUCAACGGAUUUGGCGAACUACAAUCUCCCUGAAGUUUAUUCGCCGUUCGAGCAAAUCAUGUCCCGUUACCCUUACACCUUCGUCUACUUUUGUGUGCGAUCCACUUCCACUUUGAAUUUUUAGUUAAAGUUGGCGUGGAUCCUAAUUGCUAAACAAAUCUGUUCUGUUAACUUCCCUGAUAUUACUUGAAGAAGAAGCACAUCUUUCUUGGUAAGGGAUGCCGGUGGCGAAGCCGGAAUCAUCAGAUGUCAGAAUCAUCGCUCACGUAGACAUGGACUGCUUCUACGUUCAAGUUGAGCAGCGGAGACAGCCACAUUUAAGGGGUUUACCCACUGCCGUGGUUCAGUAUAACCCAUGGAAAGGUGGUGGCUUGAUUGCUGUUGGCUAUGAGGCACGCAAAUUUGGUGUGAAGCGAUCAAUGCGAGGUGAUGAGGCAAAGAAAGUCUGCCCUGAAAUUCAGCUUAUUCAAGUUCCCGUGGCACAUGGUAAAGCAGACCUCAAGACAUACCGGGAUGCCGGUUCGGAGGUUGUUCGUGUUCUUUCAAAGAAGGGAAGGUGUGAGAGAGCAUCAAUUGAUGAAGUAUAUCUUGACCUAACAGAUGCUGCUGAAGCAAUGUUACUUGAAACUCCUCCAGAGAGCAUGGAGGUUAUUGAUGUUGAGGCUCUUAAAUCUCAUAUUUUAGGGCUUGAUCAAGAGGAACAAAGUGGUAACCAAGGAAGUGUAAGGAUGUGGCUUACACGGAGUGAUUCAGAUUAUCGUGAUAAGCUGUUGGCUUGUGGAACUCUCAUUGUCGCUGAACUAAGGAUGCAACUGUUGAAGGAGACCGAGUUCACUUGUUCUGCUGGCAUUGCUCAUAACAAGAUGCUGGCUAAACUUGCAAGUGCCAUGAAUAAACCUGCUCAACAAACUGUUGUGCCCCUCUCCUGCGUGGAAGGAUUGCUUGAUUCCCUGCCAGUAAAGAAAAUGAAGCAACUUGGUGGAAAGCUAGGGAGUUCUUUAGAAAGUGACCUUGGUGUGAACACUGUUGGAGAUCUAUUGAAGUUUUCAGAGCAGAAGCUACAAGAGCGUUAUGGUGUCAAUACUGGUACUUGGUUAUGGAAUAUAGCUAGAGGAAUCAGUGGGGAAGAAGUAGAAAGUCGCCUUCUCCCCAAAAGCCAUGGUUCUGGGAAGAAUUUUUCUGGGCCCCAAGCUCUGAGGACAAUUUCUUCAGUUCAGCACUGGAUAAAUGAACUUUCUGAAGAAUUGAGUGAACGUCUUUGUUCUGAUUUAGAUCAAAACAGGCGAAUGGCUCACACCCUUACACUUCAUGCUAGUGCAUAUAAGUUGAGUGACUCAGAUUCGCAUAAAAAGUUCCCUUCCAAGUCUUGUCCCUUGAGAUACGGUGCUGCUAAAAUUCAGGAGGAUGCACUAAACUUGUUUAAGGCUGGAUUGCGGGAUUAUUUAGGCUCUUUCGGAGCUAACACCCAGAGAGAUCCAAACGGUGGAUGGAGAAUAACUUCUCUUUCGGUCUCUGCCAGUAAAAUUGUUACCAUACCAUCUGGAACGUGUUCAAUUACAAAAUACUUGCAUGGCCAGCAUUCUUCCUGCACGGCAUCUGAGCAACUUCAGGAUAAGGAUACACAAGAAGCUGCUUUACUUUCAGGUUGUACGAAUUAUUCAGCGGUGGAUUCAAAUGAAGCUCAUGAUGAAUACACUGGUGAAGAAACCAAGAUUGAAAACGUUCAUUUAGGUUGUACAAACCAUUCAAUAGACUCAACCGAGGCUCUUGAUAAAUUCACCGAAGAUGAAAUAGAGGUCGAGAAUGCAGUAGAUACAUGUAGUUUGGAUCAAAAUGUGUGUGAAAGGGAUUCGUUGAAAGAAGUCAUGGAUCCAUCUUGUUCUUCCAAAAUGUUAGAAAAAGAUGGUGAUAUCCUAGAAACAACCAGGCUGCCCUUAGUUUCAGAAACCAAGUUCUGUUCGGGUCCAAGUAAAAGUGAGUUCCCAAUACUCCCAUUAGAAGAACAGAAGUUCAAGAAUACAAGAAGUAUGUCCCCUCUGUGUACAAAAAGGAACACAUCAAAAGACAAGGGGACAGCUUCAAUCUUGAGAUUCUUUAAGCCUGAUCUCUCAUCAACAUCGAGGAAUCAGGGACUUGGUGAACGCAUCCAAGAUGGUAGCUUAUCAUCUGCUGAUGGACAUACUAGCAGUGAACAAAGCGGUGAAAGAUGGAAUUAUAAAGUUGAUGAGAUUGACGUUUCAGUCGUAGAAGAAUUACCGCCAGAAAUUCAGAAAGAAAUAUGGUGUUGGCUCAGGCCUCACAAACGAUCCAAUUCGAUGAACCGAGGUUCGACCAUUGCUCGUUACUUUCUACCUGCUAAAACUACUCGACCGUAGUGAUCCUUUUGGAUGAUGUAUUUGUAAAUAUGUAUCGUCUUGAUGAUGAUUAUAUCUGUGAGUUUACAGACCACCAACCCCUCAGAAAAUGGUGCACAUUUUCAUUUUCAAGGUUAGUCUCUGAAUGCUUCAUAUAUGUGAUCUGUUUAUAUCUCAUAUUUUAAUCUUUCUACAUUAUGAGAUUGGAGAUCUUUGUCUUAGAGAUCACAUUAUGGUUAGAGAUUAUUAAAAUUUAUGUAUGCAGUUUUAGAAGUUACAGAUAUAAACG